AUUAUAUAUAUAUAUAUUAGCAAAAAAAAUUCACUUCACUGAGCAACUAUCAACAAUGAAGAUGGACCAGACUGAAGAACCAAUGCAAAUUGAAGAUGGUAAUUAUAUGGAAUUGCUAGGUUCAGAGGAUAAUGAUGAGAGAUAUCAGGCAAUUAGGAACAUUCGAAAUUUGCUUAUUGGCAUGAAGUCAAGAAAAACUCGUUUUGUAGAAAAUGGUUUAAUUGAAAAGUUGUUAGAGCUUAUGAUUGAAGAAGACACAACUGUUGAGUUUGCAGUUGAAGCUGCGGUUGUACUUGGAACAAUAGCGCGAGGAGGUCCAGAUAACUUGAUGCGUAUUUUAGAUUCACAAGCUUUGCCAAUCCUUUGUAAAGGGAUAUGCCACAAUGAUGACCGUCUUGUUCAAGCCUGCUUACGUUCAUUGCGCAUAUGUUACAUGUCAAAUCAUUUACCUUCUGAUUUGAUAUUUGAAGAUGCAAACAUUAUAACCAAUCUUGUAGAACUUCUGUUGAAAUCUUCACAAAGUGCUGAAUAUGUAGCCAACAUUUUACAACGUUCUUGCAAGACUGCAGCUGAUCAGUCCAUGCUGUACGAUGCAAACAUUAUCCCUGCACUAGCACAUUGGCUCACACACAAGAAGAAUUUAGUACUAGUUCCAGUGCUCGGAUGUUUAUCAGCACUUGUACACUGCAACGAAGUUAUAGCAAACAAGUUGGUACAAUGUCAAUUUUCUGGAUUAAAUGUAAAAGAAGAGCUUGUCAGGUUGAUAUCACGUGACAAACCUGAUGAGAUCCAAUUAGAAGCGGCUAUAUGUUUAACAAAGAUUCUACGUGCUGUCUCCAUUAAAAAUGGGUUUGAACAGUUGGAACAAAAGAUACUUACAGUGCUGGUUCGCAUGUGUCAUAAGGAAAAACCAUUACGAAUUCGAAUUGCUGGUGCUAAUGGACUAGCAUGUUUAAUCGAAGAUGAUAAUGAACUUCAAGCAAUCGCAGCCAUAUCUAAUCACCUCAUAAAAAAUGUAUCUCUAUAUUUCAAGCAGUUUGAGCAUUUAGAUAAAGAAAGCGCAGAGAAAAUGAAAGAGAGUGGAUUGAAAUUAUUUGCUGCUUUAUCAGCUAAUGAUGAAAAAAUCCGAAAACGGAUUGUUGACAGUACUCCAGACUUGAUCCCAAGUAUUCACGAAGCAGUUAAUCAACAGCUAAAUAUUUCACUACAAAUAUCUGCAUUGCAAUGUUUAUUAAGUUUAUCACGUUCUGUGCAUCAAUUACGUACUACUUUUCAAGAUGUCAAGUUGUGGGAGCCAGUCAUCACAGCGUUGAAGUCAAGUAUUUCAGAUGAUAUUAUAAGCGUUGCAUCGUCGGUGUUGUGCAAUCUGUUGCUGCAUUUUUCACCUUGCAAAGAGGCGUUGGUUGAUUAUGGUGCUUUGGACGUCUUAGUUACGUUAAUAAAGAGGAAAGAAGUUCCUUUCAGAGUGAACGGUGUAUGGGGUUUGAUGAACCUAGCAUAUGACGCCAAUGAUUCUCUAAAAAAUAAAAUUAUUGAAGUAGCUGGUAUUCACCAAAUAUUAAGUUUACUCAGCGAUGCGCAUGUUGAUGUUGCUGUUAAAGCACUUGGAAUAUUACGAAACCUUGUUACUGAAAAAGAGCACGAUAUUGAUAACCUAAUGAAGAAUUAUGGUGAAAAUAUCAUUAAUUCGAUAAAGCCUAUUGUGUUGGACUACAACGCGAACGAAAAGUUAAAAGAGCAAGUAUUAUGUUUGCUGUCAAAUAUCUCGAACGGUACUUUUGCAAAAGAUGUCAUCAUGGCUGAUAAGGAGCUCGUUAAAAACGUCAUUGAAUGUCUAGCAGAUCAACGAGAGCAAAUUCAGGUAGCGAGUGUAUUUUGCAUAACAAACCUAAUGAGAGGUAGUGACGGGGCCAGUAUAGAUCGGCAAAAUACCCUACGUGAACUUGGCGCUGAGAAAAAAUUGCAAACAUUGCUCACCACAGCGAACAACAAUCUCUUCGAUAGAGUAAAAGUUGCGUUACAACAAUUUACUUGAUCUUUCUGUUAUUCCGGAUGAUAAUUACAAUGGUAUGGAAAGGUGGUGUUCAUUGAUUGCUUGACAAUAAGUAAACGAGACUCGUUACUGUAAAUUACGUAUAUUUCGUUUGUUAAUAUUCUGUAAAUAUAUUUUACGCGAAAAAACAAUUGAAAAAAUUUAA